UUUUCCUAACGGCUCGCUGCUAAAGAUAUUCCUUUGACCCCUCCAAACCCUAACUGCCUUCCAUUAUUUUUACUUUGGCUCCUCUUCACUCCACUUCUCUCCUCCUCUUCCUCUCCUUUCUCUUUCUCUUUCAUUUUUUUAUAGCCGUUGGAGCUCUUUGUCUUCUUUCUCUCUUCUGUUUUGGCAUAAUGGACACAACAUCCACCAUGCAACUGCCUUCUACUUCUCUUGUUUCUUCUUCUUUGAAGCGAAAAAGACCACCCAAGAUUGAGAUUCCGAAUGUGCUACAAGAAAUCCAGGCUGAUAAAGUCAAAUUCAAAGAUUUGACCCCGAGAAAUGAUCCUUCAUGUUUUAGUGGAAUUGGUGUCGGAGUUUCCUCUAUUAAAGGCAAGAAAAAGUUCAUGGAAGAUGCUCACAAGAUUGUUUCUUGCAUAAAUGGCUGCUCAAAUCAAGGAUUUUUUGGAGUUUAUGAUGGGCAUGGAGGGAAAAAGGCCGCAGAAUAUGUUGCAGAUAAUUUGCACACUAACAUCCUUGGAAUGAUGUCAAAUUCUGCGGGAAAUAUAUCCAAAGAAGAUGCUGUUAAAGCUGGGUACUUGAAAACAGACCAAGAGUUCUUGAAACAGGGUUUAGUCAGUGGUGCCUGCUGUGUCACAGCCUUGAUUGAAGGGCGUGAGGUUGUUGUCUCUAAUGUUGGAGAUUGCAGGGCUGUUCUUUGUAGAGGAGGAGUAGCUGAAGCCCUUACAAUAGAUCAUAGAGCAGAAAGGGAGGACGAACGAAAACGAAUAGAGGAUAAGGGAGGAUAUGUUGAGAUCCAUCGAGGCGCGUGGAGAGUUCAUGGGGUUCUUUCUGUUUCUAGAAGCAUUGGAGAUGCUCAUCUGAAGGAGUGGGUACUGGCUGAGCCUGACACAAUGACCUUACAACUAACCCCGGAUAUGGACUUUCUUGUCUUAGCUUCUGAUGGACUGUGGGAAGAGGUUGGGAACCAAGAAGCUGUAGAUACUGUGAUUGCUUUAUGCAUGCCUGAGAAGAAAAUGGGAUCUAUAGGAGAUAUUCAAAAAGAUGAUGAUGUUAAUUAUGGGUGUGUAAAUAUUAGUCCUUCAUCAAAGUUGCGAAGGGUUUCUCUGGUUAAGCAGCAAAAAGUGUUAAAACACUCACCGAGCAAUAAGCAGACAGUUGAUAGCUGGAAAGAUAUGCAAGAUAACUUUGCAUGUGAAAAUGAAAGUCCUCCAUCAAAGUCAAGAAGAAUUUCACUGGUCAAGAGAAUAAAUGUCAAGAAUGAUUCCCCUAUUAAAGAAAACACUGUUCAUAAGAAGAGAUCUGCGUCUAUGGGGCUUGUGUCUGCUUGUAAAGAGCUUGUGAACCUUGCUGUAAGUAGAGGUAGUUUGGAUGACAUCACGGUGAUGAUAAUCGAUUUGAACCACUUCAAAUCUAUCCCUGCUUGCUUCUCAGCUAGCGAGAGGCAUACAGAUGAGCCAGCAAUGAUAACCAGAUCAGGCCAGAGUGUAUUUAUGUCAGUUUACAGGACAAAAUUAGCCAGCCACUGCCGUUUGAUCACAAUCACAUGGUACAAGAACCUUUUGCUUCAUGGCCUAUCUAUUUCUUUUCAGGCAACCAAUGAAGAAGGCGAAAGCUACCAAUUCAAGAUAGAAUUGAAGCCAUGGUAUUUCUGGAGAAAACAAGGCUGCAAGCAGUUUUUGGUGGAUGGUAAGGCUGUUGAGGUUGUUUGGGACCUAAAGGCUGCAAAAUUCAAUGGAGAAACAGAACCACAAUCAGAUUACUAUGUUGCUAUAGUCUCUGAAGGUGAAGUUAUUUUACUUCUUGGUGAUUUAAAGAAAGAUGCAUAUCGAAAGACUCGUUGCAGGCCUGCCCUUAUUGAUCCAAUCUUGAUUUCAAGAAAAGAACAUGUUUUUGGUAAGAAAAGGUUUAGAACAAGAUUUAAAUUUCAUGAGAAAGAACAAUUCCAUGAAAUUUCAAUCGAAUGCAACAAUUGUAGUGCUAGUAACAGCAACUAUAUUGGUGGGUUUGAUCCUCAAUUAGAGAUAAUAGUUGAUGGGAAACUAGAAAUUCAAGUUAAGCAUCUCCAAUGGAAGUUCAGAGGAAAUGAGUCAAUUGAUUUUAGUAAAAAAAGAUUAGAAGUUUAUUGGGAUGUACAUGAUUUGCUAUUUGGUUCCGGUCCAAGACAUGGUCGGUUUAUAUUUAAGCCAGUACUUUCAUCAUCGUCAUCAUCUUCUCCAUCAACCUCUUCAAUGCCAUUGUUGACUGAUCAAGAAGUUCCUUAUUGGGAUGACAAUGGAGGUGGAUCAUCCAAUUUUUGCUUGUUUUUAUACACUUGGAAGGUAGAAUAAUUUUGUUUUGGUGCAUAUAACUGUCUAAUGAUGUAAUCUAAUAUAAUUAUAUGUAUAUUUUUCAUUUCAAUUGACUCAAAAAUGUAUUUGAUUAAGUUAUAUUUCCAUUUAGUUAAGUUGUUUACUUUUUAUCCAACAAUAUGUGAUAUCAUAUCCUAGAUAUUAAAGAGAGAGACAUGGUGUCAAUUAAGUCCGA